AUGAGACUGGUAAAAUGGAGAAUAAACCGGUAUUCUUCUGUGCGACGUAAAGUCGCUGAUUUCUCGGAGCUGUCGCAAAAUAUAGGUGGUCUCACAUCGCGGCUCCUAAUAAACGCGUUGUCUGGGGUCAUCCUGGCGAAGGAUGCAGCUCUCUUCAAACCAUUGCGUGAAUUCUUCGCUUAUUGUCGUCUGCACCUGCAUAUCGAGAGUGAGAGUCGUGUUGGAAAUUCUCCCAUCUGCUAA